UGACGUCAGUGGGCGCGGGGCUGUGACGUCAGCCGGCGGCAUGGCGGGCAGCGGGAGGCGGCCGGAGCACCGGGGCCCCCCCGAGCUGUUCUACGAUGAGGCCGAGGCGCGGAAAUACACCCAGAACUCCCGGGUGGUGCAGAUCCAGUCGCAGAUGUCGGAGCGGGCUGUGGAGCUGCUGGGACUGCCCGAGGACCGACCCUGCCUCCUGCUGGACGUGGGCUGUGGCUCUGGGCUGAGUGGGGAUUACAUCUCUGAGGAGGGACACUACUGGAUUGGUAUGGACAUCAGCUCUGCCAUGCUGGACGUGGCCAUUGAGAGGGAGGUGGAAGGAGACCUUCUCCUCGCAGAUGUGGGUCAGGGUGUUCCCUUCAGAGCUGGCAUGUUUGAUGGCUGUAUCAGCAUCUCAGCUGUGCAGUGGCUCUGCAACGCAGACAAGAAGUCACACAGCCCCCCCCAGCGCCUCCUGAGGUUUUUCUCAACUCUUUACACUGCCUUGGCCCGAGGAUCCCGAGCUGUCCUGCAGCUGUACCCUGAGAACUCAGAGCAGCUGGAACUCAUCACAUCCCAGGCCAUGAGAGCUGGCUUCACGGGGGGGAUGGUGGUAGAUUACCCCAACAGUGCCAAAGCCAAGAAGUUCUUCCUGUGUCUCUUUGUUGGGGCCUCUGGUGUGUUGCCAAAGGGCCUUGGUACUGAGUGUGCUGAUGCAGAAGAGAUCCACCAGGCAAAGUUCACCAGUGAGAGGACACGGUUCAGACACAUCAAGGGGAAGUCUGUGAAGAAAAGCCGGGACUGGAUCCUUGAGAAGAAGGAGCGGAGGCGACGUCAGGGCAAGGAAGUGCGAGCAGACACAAAAUACACAGCUCGGAAACGCCGCCCUCGCUUCUGAAUUGCUCUGGAGACUGCUGGGCUGGAAGAGGAUGUGCUGGUCCCUCCAGCAAGCCUCCUGUGGAUGGCAUGGAUGGGCACCCGAGGACAAGGACUUUUUGGGACAGGUCAUUGUGGCUUUUUAAAGGUGUAAAUGCUCCCAA